AUUUUCAUAAGUGACAAUACUGAUUACUGAGCAUGCGCUAAUCCGAGGUGUUUGCAAAUUGCAAUUGUUGUGAAUCCUCGUGGUCUGGUUACUUGUUAAUUGAAUAGUGCUGUAAUUUUUUAACCAUGGAUAUUGUUAACGAAAUUUUAAAAAACAAUAUAGAAGAAUCAAUACAAACAACAAGCGUUGAAAAGCUUGUUGAAGUUGAUAAAGAUUUGGGAAGUCUGAUGGUAUCAGAUUACAAUCAAUUUGAUGUUGAAAAUAUAAAAAAAGACAAAGAGGCAUACUUGUUGUCAUUAACCAGAGACAACACUCAGCUGCUGUUCAAUGAUGUGUUUGCACUGGAAACAGAAAGGAGGGAUGAUGCUUUUGUAGCAAAGCUGCCAAAGCCCACAUUUCUUUUGCCAAGGGCAAGAUCUGUGCCAAAACCAAAACCCUUGACAAAAUGGCAACAAUUUGCUAAAGAAAAGGGUAUCAAGACCAAAAAGAAGGGUAGAUCCAAGCUCAAGUGGGACGAAGAACUCAAUAAAUGGAUACCAACAUUCGGCUACAAAAAAGUUGCAGCUGAAACACAAAAAGAUUGGCUGGUCGAAGUUGGAGCAGAUAAUACUCCAAAAGCUGAUCCUCGUGAGGCCAAAAGUUCAGCCAAGCAAGAAAGGAUUGCUAAAAAUGAGCUCCAGAGGCUUCGCAAUUUGGCUAAGGCAAAGAACAUCAAGGUUCCAAGGGUUGGUUUACCAACCACAGAACAGUUUGCUUCAGCAAAACACUUGGCAACUGCUAAAACAGUUGCUAGAGUGUCAACUGCAUCUGUUGGCAAAUUCCAAGACAGACUUCCCAAGGAAAAAGAUGCCAAGGACAUUGCCAAAGAGGUACCUGGCAUGAAGAGGAAGAAGAAGUCGUGCCCACUCAAUAUGGCUGAUGAAAAGCACAGGAACACUGAGUGGGUCAACGACGUCAUCCUCAAAAAAAAGAAAACAAUUUUAAAUAGUGAGGCAAUCACUCCAGCUCCAGCUGAUCCAGCACCUGUACCAAAGGGUAGAAAACACCUUGGUAAAUCUAGUGCCAAAAAACCAAAAGCUGGUAAAGGCAAGAGGGAUCCUCACACAAAAGUUGGUGGAAGAAAACGUAGGCUAUAAUUGUUAUUAUUUUAAUUAAU